AAAUGUGAAAAUUUUCUUUCAAGAAUCAACACAACAAUUUUGUUGGUUUUCAUUAACUCCCGCAGCUGAUUGCUCAGUCGCAGCUCAGUUACUGUCCCACUCAGAGUCGUACACCGUGUUCCGCAUGUUCUCAGUCUCAACUCAGUGAGUCACCUUGUCAAAGUCCUCGCCCCACGACUCCGAAGAGACCAACCUGUUUUCUGUUCUCUUCCAAAUGCAAAACUCCUAUAACCACCGGAGGGUACGCCAAGGCCCACCGCUGAAGAUCGUUCCCUUACCGGGCCAGGUGUCAUUUCGUGUUAUCUGCCACGCAUCAUCCAUCGGCGGGGUCAUCGGGAGCUCCGGCGCCGUUGUUUCUCAACUUCGCCGCGAGACUAACUCUCGAAUCCACUGCGAAGAAGCUGUCCACGGGUCGGAUCACCGGGUUAUACUGAUAGUCGGGUCUGGAUCGGUUGAUAGACGGUUUAGUUUGGGUGAGGGAGAAGUGUGUGAUGUUUCGUGUGCUCAGGAAGCAAUGAUCAGGGUCUUCGAGCGCAUGUGGGAAGUGGAAGCGGAGAGAGAGCGGGGAAACGCGUGCGUUGGGAAGGAAGAAGAAGCUUACUGUGGUGUACUCGCUGAUACGGCACAAAUUGGUCUUGUUGUGGGGAAAGGAGGGAAGAAUAUUGUGAGAAUGAGGACGGAGAGUGGAGCUAAAAUUAGGAUUUUGCCAGCGCCGCCAUGCGGAAGAACAAGUGAUCAGUUAAUUCAGAUAACUGGUUGUAGUUUGGCGGUCAAGAAAGCAUUGGUUGCUGUAUCUGGCUAUCUUCAAGCUUGCACAUCUAUGGACAGAGAGCCAACACCCAUGAGUAUACCGACUGAGCAACCUUCACGUGGGACCUCCCCUGAUUCACACGAAGAACUUUUUCCGCACCUUAGUUCACUUUUGCCACCUAUGCUUGCAAAUGCCUUCAGUGGUGUUUCAUAUGUGAACUUUUCAUCUGUGGUUGCUAAUGGAGAUUCCAAACUGGCAUCAAAUGAUAAUACACAAAAAGUUGUGUUUAAAAUGCUUUGUUCCAAUGUUGCUGCUGGGGCCAUCAUUGGUAAGAAGGGUGCCAUAGUCAGAGCUUUGCAAAAUCAAACAGGUGCUUCUAUAAUGUUUGAGUCCCCAGAAAUUGAGUAUCGUGAGCGUGUUGUCUCAAUUUCUGCAUUGGAGAACCUUGAAUCACAGUAUUCUCCUGCACAGAAUGGUCUUGUUCUUGUAUUUGCAAGAUCUGUUGAAUCUAAUAUUGAAAAAGGAUUUCCAUCUGGAAUGACCGAGGGCAUUGCUGUAACUCUUAGACUUCUAGUUGCUUCUGAUCUUGUUAGCUGCUUGAAGGAGAAAGAAGGUAGGGUACUUUCUGAGAUCGUAGAAUCCACUGGUGCUGAUGUGCAAAUCUUGGAUGAGGAGCUCUCACUGUGCCAUUCUCUAGAGAAUGUAGUACAGAUUACUGGUGACUAUAAAAGUGUGCAGAACGCCAUCUUUCAAGUUACUAGUAUACUAAGGGAUAAUCUCUUGCGACCUGAAGUACUGAACGAAAUUAGUGGGGGGACUUGCCAUGGAGAAGUAAGGGAGACUGUUCCAUCUCAAGUAAUCCAACAGACAAGGUCAACAUUAGAUAAUGAUCAUGAACAAAAUUUAGCUCAAAUAAUGCACCCGGGGAACUCGGAAAAUACUUAUGGUCCACUGCCGGUAAAACUAAUGCCCCAACAGGUUUGUUUGCAGACUGCAGGAAAUGGGCAUACAGUUGAUAUGGAUGAUAUUCAGCAUGGCUCAACCACAUUUGGAGGGAGUUUUGACAUUGAGAGCUCAUUGGAUUUUCUACUUCCAUGUGAUAUGCUCAAUGAAGUGGGAGGCAGGAGCCCCUACAACAGAGGGAGUGAGACUAAUUUUUCUGGUUCGCUUCAAUCAUUGGAUGUGUCUCUUGUUUCUGAUCAAGAGAGUGCUUUAACAAGAGCAAUGAAUAAUAUUGAACUCUUUGAUGGUGUAGACUGUCCACCAGAAUCUCAGCUAUUAGAGACUGUGAAAAGAAGACACGAGCUGGACAAUGUGGAUGGUAAAGCGGGUCUAGAACUCGAAAGUGGUAAAAAAUCAAUUAUUGUGAAAAAUACAAGUGUAGAAAUUGUAGUUCAUGAAGAUGCUUUUGGCUCUAUCUACGGCAAAAAUGGCUGCAACCUUGUUCGUCUCAAAGAGAUCUCAGGUGCAAAAGUUGAAGUUAAUGAUCCUCGCCCUGGUGAAACUGAGGGGACCGUGUUGAUAUCUGGGACUCCAGAUCAAACGCUUGUAGCACAAAGCUUGCUUCAAGCUUUCAUCCAGUCCAACCAGUUAUCAACAUAACUAGGUUGCUUGCUAGAAUCAAUGUUAAUCAAUCUCUCCAGGCCGAGGAAGAACCACUUAUCACACGGGUAUCAUAGUUCCCUGUAGAAAAAUACUAGAGUAUAAGAGGGAAUGUUGAUAUGAAAUCGGUAAUCAACAUAACAACUUGACAAUAUUUUAAAACAAAUGUACUGGGAAAUCAAGGAAGAACUCAUCUUAUUUUCGU